GUUGAAAUGACCGGGAGUAGCGUUUUCGACUUCAUCCAUCAGCAGGACCACGCAGAACUGGCUGAACAACUCGGAAUCAAUAUAUCCCAAUCUCAGUCAGCUUCUUCUCCAGCUUCAGUUGGAUCCGACGAUGGCUCUUGCUCGGCCCCCGGAGGCGCUACGGGGCUAGACAGACCAGUCAUGACCUUAAACAGUAGUAGUUCCUACAAAGGCCUAGAGAGGUCAUUCUGUAUUCGAAUGAAGUCAACGUUAACAAAACGUGGAUGUCAUUUUAAGUCUACGGGCUACAGGGUUGUUUUAGUUUUAUGUCACUUUCGGCCACAAUGCAUAUUUCCACAUAACCGGAAGCAAUAUCCAACUCUUCUUGGAAUGGUAGCGCUGGCAAUAGCACUUCCGCCUCCGUCAGUGCACGAAGUACGUCUGGAGACUGGAAUGUUUGUCACGAGGCUUUCGUUCGACUUUAAAAUUGCUCACUGCGAACCAAGGAUAACAGACAUUUUAGACUUUGCAGCCGAUGAGUUGGUUGGUAGAAACAUGUAUUCACUUUGUCAUGGACAGGAUGUUCAGCAGCUCCGCAAGUGCCAUGAGGAUUUAAUUCACAAGGGACAGGUGAUGAGUGGCUACUACCGUCUACUGAAUAAGAACGGUGGCUUUACGUGGUUACAAACGUGUGCUACUGUCAUCUGUAACAACAAAAACGCGGAGGAAGAAACCAUUAUUUGUGUGAAUUACGUUCUGAGUGGUAUACAGCAUGAAAACUGUGUAAUGGACUCUAAUCAGCUGACUCACUCUACAGACCUUCAACCUGACGACUCCAGCUGCUCUGAAAGAGACUCACCUGAUAAAGAUCAUCUAGACGGUGAGUCCUCGAAGGAUUGUGAUCCUCAACAUUCCUCGUCUAGAGAUGGACAUUCAUCGGUAGAUGGUGAUAUCAAUAACCAAGAUCAUGUGAAUCAACUGAAUUCUGGAAACAAACAUUCCGACAGUCAUCGACCUGUUGGAAAAAAGUGUUCACUGGGUGAACGACAACCCCAGGAGCUCAGAAUAGACGACAGUCAUCUAAAUCUAACAAUGGAAUCAUCCAGCUUCCCGAAAGAAGAGCAGCUGGUAUCUAUCGAAUCUCCAUCUGAUCAAUCGGUACUCCAGAAUAAACCUCGUAAAAGAAAGUUUUCGGGAGAUUCGACCUCCCAUUCUGCUCAAAGCGAGCCUUCCAGGUCCCGUCCUGGAAGUUCAUCUAGUCUACGUAGUACAAGUCCGCUCUCGAAUGGAAGUUUCUUAUCUAAUGAUGCUAAUAGCACAACUUUCAGUCCUGAUAGGUCGGUGCCGCCAUCUGUAGAUGAAGGAGUCAGUCCAAGAAUUUACAUUAAAGGUAAGGAACCAGUUGAACAUUUUGAAAGAGUUCAACGACCAUGGAAACGAUCGUCAAUUCUCCCAGGUUGCGCUUAUUCGACAACAAAUAGUUCAUCCUCUAUGUCAGUUAAAGAGUUAGAAGACGUUAUGAACAAACAUUUACCAAAUUCUCAAAUGCCUGGGAUAGCCGGAACUGUGGCUCCCCAUCAUGACAGCCCGACUCAAGACAUGAUGACAACACGUAUGACCCAGUCUCCACAAUCGCAUCAACAGUGUAAAUCGACGAUUCAAUGGAUCGGUGGAUCUCAAACGACCUUGCCAGCCACCACAUUACUCAGACAGCUCUACGUAAAUAGAGAAUCAGUAAUUCGUUCUGGGACUCACGUCAGUAGGCCGUCUUGUUACGGUGAGAUUCAGGGGGCUCUCCCCACACCACCAGGGAGCAGUAGUGAUGGUGGCUACAAUGAUCAAUCUCAGUUUAUUUUACCUUCAAAGAUAAGAACUGAAUCUUACGGCGUCCUUCCCGGCUAUACAAACACACCGGUUAGUGUCAGUAAUUACAUAGACACGUACAGUGCCAUGACCCCACCAGCUUCUGUGUCCCCACGAGAUAAGUUCCCUGGGGUUACGGAGGGCCAGGCAUUUAAUGAUGCAGCUAACCUGUCUCACAUGAGACACUAUGUCUCCGAGGGUCCACUUCAACACCUACCCUUAAAACCUCAGGUGUUUGUCCAUCCUGGGAAUAUCGAUCAUUCGGCGUACAGCCACCCCAAUGCUCAACAAUCCCUGUCUCACGAGCAGCGCCAACUCUACACUCAUCAUUCUAGUAGUUUUCAUGUGUACCAUUCCUCUGGUGUGGGGAAGCCUACACACCCGAACUCAACUGCCUGGUACUCCCAACCUGGCUCUUAG